GGUUUUGCAGCCUCGUUCGCAAGUCAAAAACCAUGGGCGAAGUGACGACGCCGACAACGGGCGCGUACGCCUCGGUCUGGGACUCCCGCCCCGUCAAGUACUCGAGCGUCCUCUUCCAAGUGUGCGGCUUCAUCUUGAUGAUGGAGCUCGCCGAGCGUCUCUCGUACUACGGUAUCAACCAAGGUCUCCGUAACUUUAUGAAGACUGUCCUUGGCUGGACCGGUGUCUCGGCCAGCUCGAUCAAGAGCACGUGGACGUCGCUCUGCUAUCUCUCGCCGCUUCUCGGUGCCUACCUUGCCGACGAGCGCUGGGGCCGCUUCAAGACGAUCGCGAUCUUUGGCACGGUCUACUUCAUCGGCGACGUCUUGAUCUCGAUCGCUGCGCAUCCCAAGGUGCUGGGGUGGGAGGAGACCAGCGAGGCUGGCGUUUUCAACCGCGAGGGCGCCGACACCAAGACGGCCGAAGGCCUCUUCGUGUUUGCCCUCUUUGCCUGCAUUGGCAUUGGCACUGGCGCGAUCAAGUCGAACGUCAUUACGCUCGGCGCCGACCAGUUCAACCCGCACGACCCGAAGGAGGAGGCCCAGAAGGUCACGUUUUUUUCGUACUUUUACUGGUGCAUCAACUUUGGCGCCGCCUUUGCGUACGGCUACCUCGCGACCUUGUGCGUGAAGGGCUCGUCGGCCAUCUCCAAGGACUAUGGGUACUUUGCGACGUUCCUCAUUUGCGCGUGCGUCAUGGGCGUCGCACUGCUCAUGCUCUUCGUCGGCAGCAGCCGCUACAUCAAGUUCCCGCCCAACUCGGACGCCAUGUCCAAGCUCGUGCGUGUGCUUCGUCAAGCGUCGGCGGCGUCGACGAGCGCGCGCAUGGCCUGCGUCGGCUUCCUCCUCUUUUUGCUGUCGUGGCUCUUGAACUUGGUGGCGGUCUUCCUCAAGGACGGCUCGACCGAGCGUCUCGGCAUGUCGUACGCGGCGGGCGGUGUCGCGUUUGGCGGCUGCGUCUUGUGGGUGCUCGCGGGCAUGAACUUUCAGAACAUGGAGCGUGCGAGCGCGGCCAACGGCGGCCCCGUCGACGCGACGUCGAUCGACGAGAUCAAGCUCGUGGUCCGCGUGCUCCCGUUCGCGGCCUUUAACGUCAUGUGGCAGUGCGUCUACGACCAGAUCGACGCCAACUUUCAGAUGAUCGCGCAGCAGACGGACCUCCGCUUUGGCAACGAGCGCGACUCGACGCAGCUCCCGGGUGCGGUCCUCGGUGUGUUUGACCCGAUCGCGAUUGUGAUUUUGAUCCCGCUCCUCGACGCCGUCAUCUACCCGGCGUACAAGAAGCGCUUUGGCAAGGCGGCGUCGCCGUUUGGCAAGGUGUUUGCGGGCCUCGCGAUCGCGGCGUUCACCAUGUUUUACGUUGGCAUCUUUGAGAUCGUCCGCAAGAACUCGGGCGAGAUCAUGCUCCCGGCGAGCGCCACGAACGCGACGCUCGACUUUGUCAUUGACGAAGGCGGUGAGCAGCCGAUGAACAAGCUGCCGUGGGGCUGGAACAUCUUCCACUACGUGCUCGUCGCGCUCUGCGAGUGCCUCAUCAACGUGACCGCGUUUGACGUCUUUUACUCGGAAGUCCCGGUCUACCUCAAGUCGACGUGCCAGGCCAUCAACCUCUUCAUGGUCGCGAUGGGCUCGAGCGUCACGUCCAUCUUUACGCUCCUCUUCCAGAAGAACAUUCCCGACAACCUCAACGAGGGCAAGCUCGAAAACAUGUUCUUCACGGUCGGUGCCGUCGCGCUUCUCAACGUCGUCCUCUUCACGCUCGUCAUGCGCAAGAUGCAGUUUGGCAUGCACUCGAUCGAAGACAGCCCGCACGCGGCCGGCGAGCUCGGCACGGACAAGGAAGCGCUCAUCGACCGGUCGUCCAACCAGAUGAACGCCCGCGACUCGUUCACGCAGCAGCGCGCAUAG